AAUUAUUCCAUGCUGCAAUACAAGAAAGUGGAUCAAUGAUUGGUGGAACUCUACAGAAAAAUGCAAAAGAAAAUAUUAUCGGUUUAGCGAAAUAUCUUGAUCCUACAUUUGACUCUGAAGAGUCAGAAGAUAUUCUAAAAGUUCUCAAAAAGGCUUCUGCAGAAGAUAUUAUUAAGGCUGGUCGUACUUAUGGCAACAUGAUAGAAAAAACUGGUUACUAUUCACUUCUUCCCUUACAAAGUUUUAUGGAUGGCAACUUUAAGAAAGUUCCCAUGAUGAUUGGCUUUAAUUCCGAAGAGUGGAUAAAAUACGCUACCAACAGGAACAACGCAACUUUAUUGCAAGGACUUGAUAAUGAUCCAAGUCUCCUCAUACAUGCCAAUCUCAAUAUGUCUCCGGAGAAUCGAACUCGUGCCGGAGUUCUGAUGAAACAAGUUUAUACUAACAGAACUUUUAUGGAAGAUUUUGCUGCAUAUAUUAAAUGGAGCAGCGAUCAAUCUUUUUCAACGCCUACUGGAAAACAGAUAGAGCUCGGAUGUGCUCAUGCACCCUAUUUUGUGUACCAGUUCGCCUAUAAGGGAGAUUUAGGUGGGAUGAUGGAUGACAUCUACAUUGUUCCCGGAGCUGAAAGAGUUGGACACAUGGAAGAUCUCCAUUAUUGGUGGGAAUUUCUAAAUAAUAGUGAUAUGAAUCAAUUUCCCGAAGAAGAUCGACUGAUGAUGCGCCGAUUUUUAACACUUUGGACCAACUUUAUCAAAUACUAUAAUCCAACCCCUAAAGCGGAUCCACUUCUCCUGAACGUAACGUGGCCAAUGUCGAAUCCAGAUUCAUUGACCUAUUUAAAUAUAAAUUCUACCUUUGAGGUGAGAGAAAAUCCGAGAGUCUACAGAUACGUUAAGCCGAUUAUCGAGAAAUAUAUGGAACCACCUUACGUUUCUUUUGGUUAACAUAAUGUGUAAUAUAUUGUUAACAAUUAAUAAAUGUUUGUUUAAUUAA